UGGAUACGCUGAGAGGGUUCGACCGUUCAAGGAAAUGCCGCUUAAACCAAGACUAUCUUUUCUCGCCGGUCUCCACUUAAAACCAGUCCAACAAAGCCUUGUAAGAUUCCCUACAAUUUUCUUCAGUCACAAGGUGUUCGACAUUUAACUCCUGUGCAAUUGUAUAUAAGGGAUUCAAUUCCCCCACUUCUCUCUUCAUCGUUAUCUACUUCGGUUGCGUCUCAUUUCUUUCUGUCCGAAUACCUUUUUUAUGCGUUAAUGUUUUGAGAGCUGCAAUCAAGACACUGAAUUGGUGCUUCCACCUUUGACAUGGCUGUGUUAUGACCAAUUGAACUACAAUUCAAGGAAAUAAGGAAGCAUGCAUUUAACUUCAUGCAAGUUGUGAGGGCGAACGGUCAACAUAUAUGUUUGUCAUCGCAUGAGAAAAUCAGCUAUUCCCCAUUUAGAAUCUAAGCAUAACGAUUGUGUCUACAGUGUUGCAAUUUGAAGCACAUUUCCUGAUUUAUUAGGAAAAAUGCUGUUAUUGGUUAUACUUUCGCAAGUCACAUUAAUUUUUCAUAAUUGAGGACUCUUUUGACUGGAUCUAAUAGCGCUAGUGAUUUUGGGAAGACAGACAGCUCUUUUGUUGGAAAGAAUACCAGUGGAGAUAGUCAUGCACGAGCCUGAUUCUGAUAUUGUCCGGUGGGGUCUUAAUUUUCUUGACGUUGACCAACUUUUUAAUCCUGCUUAUUAUGGUGACAGUAAUCAUUAUGAUGUGAACAUCUGUCGCGAGCAGUAUAUCGGAGAUGGUAAUUAUGAUACUGAGUGUAGCAAUGUUGAGAAUGAUGAGGUUAUUGCACAUACUCUUCAAGAUGAACUGUCACAAUUAUCAAUUGCGGAAGGAGAUGAAUCUUCACAUGCGAUGGAGGAGCACUUGCAAGCAUCCACUGUUUCUAGGGAUUAUUGGCCUAGUCCAUCAACAAGAAACUUUUAUUCUGGCCUCGAGGAUGGUCAGGGAGAAUUUGAUGAUGUGGGACCAUCAAGUUCAUGUUCUAGCCCUGGAGACAAAUCAUAUGAUGGGGAAGAGUAUUUAUAUUCUCUGGAGAUAGCUGAUGAGUCCUCGCUUGAUGGAGAAGUAGGCAAGAGGUUGAACCAAGUGGUUCCUGUUCCUCAUGUACCUAGAAUUAAUGGAGAUAUACCUUCAUUUCAUGAAGCAACUUCUGAUCAUCAACGGCUGACAGAUAGAUUGCAAUUAUAUGACUUGAUUGAGCGAAAGGUUCAAGGAGAUGGAAACUGUCAGUUUCGUGCUUUGUCAGAUCAAUUCUAUCGUAGCCCAGAACACCACGAAUUUGUAAGACAAGAAAUUGUUGAUCAGCUUACGUCUCACCCAGAGAUAUAUGAGGGAUAUGUUCCUAUGGCAUAUGAUGACUAUUUGAAGAAGAUGUCCAAGAGCGGUGAGUGGGGAGAUCACGUGACGUUACAAGCAGCUGCAGAUUCAUAUGGUGUAAAAAUUUCAGUGAUUACUUCAUUCAAAGAUACCUGUUACAUUGAGAUUCUUCCGAAGGUCCAAAAGUCAGAACGAGCUUGCAGACCACCUGUAAUUUUUUUGAGCUUUUGGGCAGAGGUGCACUACAACUCAAUCUAUCCUCAAGGAGAUUUGCUCCCUAGUGAUUUUAAGAGGAAGAAGAAGUGGUGGAAUUUUAGAAAUAAACAUUAGGAGUGUCCCGUUAACGCGAGCUACAGUUACCUAUUUUGUUGUCCGUCAUACUUGAGCAUCACUUGGUGUGACCGUGUGAGACUGACUUUGCAUAUUUACAUAUAUAUAUAUAUAUAUAUAUAUAUAUAGAUGCUUUAUGUUUAUAUUUAUUUCUGCAACUAUUCUGCUGUUUAUAUGCAUGCGAUGGUUUUUUUAGUCGCAUGCUGAGGCAGUAUGAAUUAUAUUUGGAAUAAGUUGAUUGACAGUAUAUUUGAUUUUUUAAUCAUAUUUUAAAAUAAUGGAGUGGAUGGAAUUAAUGCAUAUAAAA